AACCCAACCGCCACUAGCCCACUCCCUCCUCGCUCCUCAGCACACACCGCUCCCCGCCUCUCCGUCUUCAGACGAGUUGGAUCCUUCCACUACAUUUGUCGAAAACCGUCUGAACAUCCCACCAUUCGUUGCUGUCAUGCCCGCCACUCGCUCUGGAGUCAGGCAAGGGAGCCGACAACCUGGACCAUACCUCCAGGACAUGGCAGGGCCCUCCAAUCUAGACUUUGUCCAUGUUUUCGAUGACGAAGGCCCACCGCGGAAGAGGCAGGCAGUAGAGCGCAAGAGCAAUAAGCAGCGCUCGAAGCAGAAGGCAAAGGCACCACUGCCUCCCGCGUCCGAAAUCAUCGAGAUCUCCUCAGACGAGGACGAGCCACUGGCCAAGAAGCCGUCGGGCUCGACGGCUGCCUCCGAGAAACGAAUCAACGAGCUGGAAGAGGAGAAUAAGAACUUGAAGAGGGCUCUUGCGGCCGCGAAGACGGCUCAACCACACCCUGUACCUUUGGCGAAGGUGCCCACUCCCACUCCGGACGCUAAGAGCGAUAAGGUAUUAUCCGCUAUCGAAGAGCACGUGAGCUGCGAAGUUUGCACUCUCAAAAUGUGGAAUCCAUUCACGCUCGCAUGUGGUCACACCUUCUGCAAGGACUGCCUCCUCGAUUGGUUCAGUACCGCACACAUGCAGCACCUCACUGCCAACCCUACGUACGACCCUCAACGGCUCAUCCCCCUGCACCUCCGUGCGGCGCUCGCUCGUCACGACCUGGCGGCUCCCCAGCGGCGCCACAUCGAGCGCGAGAUUGCGCUGAUCACCGCCUCGACGUCUCAUCCGCAAUACUCGUGCCCGACAUGUCGUGUGCUCGUCCGCGCGAAGCCGGCGGAGAACUUCGUCGUCAAGCACCUUGUUCGCACCAUCGCAGCCGCACAGGGCGAAUCUCCUCCCAAGGAGCCUCCUCGCGCUCUCCAUCGCGCGUUAGAAGGUCCUUUUGACGGAUUCUUCCCGUUCGUUGUCUGACGAAGGCGAUGCAUGGACUGCCUGUUGUUGCUCCACGGCAGCUGUGAUUUCUUGUGUGUUUACCUACCCUUACCCUAACCCUAACGCUGUUGCACGUAUUCCGGCCGAAAUCAUUGCCGCUUCUCAUCAUUGUCUUCGCAUGCGUAUCAUUAUUCCGCCUCUCGCGCCUUGCAUCACUCGACUGAAAUAACAGUUUGCAUUGUAUACUCGCC